AUGAACAUUGGUCCCCCGAGCACAAGGAUCGGGUGGCACCGUAUUGUAUUUAGCGAUUCUGGCAGCCUACCUCAGGGCGACUCGGACUCGGACUCUGGGGAGUCCUGGCCGUCGAUCCACACGUCUGACUUCUCCACUGAGUCUGACGAUGAUGCCCUCACGACCGACUACGAGGAUGACUAUCUCUUGCGCACCGGCAUCAAACCGUGGCCGACUCCGGGUCCCAGACCACCGCCCCACGCCCGGGUCAAGAAACCCGUCAAGGAGGUCCGUCUGACGGUCCAAGGCAGGAAGGACGCCGCCCUCAUCUUCGAAGAUCCCAAACUGCGGCAGCAGCCCGCCUUCUCUUCGUGGGAAGCUGAGCUGGGACCGGAGAGAGUGAAAAGACGCGAGCGUAAACUGCUGCUGCGCCGCCAACGCCAGACUGAAAGCUUACGCCGAAAGGAGCAUUCGCCCUCGCCCUCACCAUCGCCCUCGAUCUCAAGUGAUACGGAAAUGGACGAGUCGGACAUGGACGACUCAGAAAUGGACGACUCUGAUUUUGAUGAUAUCAACCAGCUCUUCGCCGAGGCGCUGCGGCAACACGACAUCGCCACCGGCAUGGACCCGGCAAGCCUCCGCCGCCGCCAACAACGUCGCAUGCUCGCAGAAGAGGCGGAACCGCAGCCAGCAUCGAAGCUGCGCGAGCAACGACGUAGAGCCCUGGCAGACAAGGAGCGUCUGGAAGAAGAGGAGGACCGACGUCGUCUGCUCGAAAAAGAACGCUUCAGAUCGCUGCCGCACAACGACCCGGAGAGCAGGCGAAGAUUGCUCCGCAAACCUGGGGAAACGGAGUUUCUCGAGAUGCGGCGCAGAUGGUAUGAAGGCGAAUGCCGUCACAACGAAAGGGAGGCACGACGCCGUCUGGUUGAAGCGGAACGAAUGGCCCAGCUGCCGUACAGCGACCCCAGGACCAAAGAAAGAAUGCUCCGCCGACUCCACGAAGCCAGAGACGAUGUGGAAUGGUAUAGGGUUGACGACGAACCUAGCAACCCUCCGACUCAGCCAAGCACGCAGCAAGCUGCUCAACUCGGUGACUCAUUCAACAACCAAACAUCAGAAAACGUCCGCCGCCCUCCCGCGCAACCCCCCCUCCCCUCCCACUUCACACUCGGGAGGAUCCCAAGGGCCCGGUCCCCAGGCGUCCAAAACGACAUCCUCAGAAACGCAGCAUUGCACGAACCCUCAAUCACCGGCCCCAACAACUUCACACACAUCAGACACUUCCCCAACCUCAGAAGGCCCAUCACCUCGACUCUCGUCGUCUCAACCGCAGUCCACGUCCCCAAGAACGGACCCCCUACCGUGUCAGUCUACUUCGGGCCCUCCAACCCGCACAACCUCCGCCUCACCCUCCCACCGCCCCAGUCCCCACGAGACUCCCAAAACGCCUACCGCGCCUCCCUCUUCGCCCUCAUCGUAGCCCUCCGCGCCGCCGGCCCCUUCUCCCAACCCCCCUCCUCCUCCUCUUCCUCACUCCCCCGCCCGGCCGAGCAGACGACCCACCUCAUCCUCCAAACGCACUCCUCCGCCCUCAUCCGCCACCUCUACGGCGAGGACGGCGAGUUCGGCCCGGACCCACACCCGCUGGUCUACGGCUGGUCUUUCAACAGCUGGCGCACCUGGUCCGGCAGCCUCGUCUACCACCGCGACCUCUGGAUGACACUCCUCAGCGACAUGGACUACUCCCAAGAGGUCGCCGGCCUGGCGUGCGUUGUGAUCCGCCACCCCUCCGAGUGCGAUUUCUGGGACGUCCAGUCGGGCAUGGCCUUCCGCAUGGCCAGGAGGCAGCCGCUCGGGGGCACGACGAGGCCGUGGAAGGGCGCCAUCUGCGCUGCCGACGCCGCCGGGGAGGUUGAGGAUGCGGAGGAGUUUCCUUACUAUUACAACUCUGGAUGGAUCGAGGUCUAG